GGCCGGGUGAGACACAAGCCAUUAUUGAUUGGUGGGUUUUGCACGGCAGCAGUGCCCCUGAGCUUUGUGCCAUCGCCACACGUCUGAUGUACACGUGGGUCUGCGCCUCUCCUGCGGAGAGGAACUGGGCGUUGCAAGAGCGUAUCCACGAGAAACGCCGCAACAGGUUGGACUUCACGAAGCUGACUGAAAUGGUGGAGAUGUGCGCGAACAAGAAGCUUCUGGCGUGUAGACAGAGGAGGAGGGGACUUGUUAUGCCGUGGGGUGAUCUUGAGGAGGGGUUGGACGACGUCCCGGAGCCGUGCAGAUCAGCUCAUAUCGAGCUGUACAACAAGGAUAUCGAGUACGAUCCACCCACGGACCCGCAUGCUGCAGACGAGAUGGAGGCAGAGCCGAGUGCGACGGAUAGAGGGCGCAAGCAGACACAGGUUGUGCGAUCGUCGAGCGAGGACGAGGGAGGUGACAGGUCUGACGACGGAGAUGCCGCCGAUGACGAGGACUCUGACGUCGAGAGGGAGGGACCGGACCACGACAGAGGACAUGGGGACGAGCAUGGAUUCAACGGCGGUGACGGCAGUGGGCCGAUUGAGGAUAGAGCGGGUGGCGCCUUCCUUGUUACUCCUGGCCCCGGUGUUGUUGGCGGGGGCGGUAGUGGGGGACAUGGAUUUGGUUUGGAGGUACCACAGGGAUCGAUUCCCUCUGGCAUUUUCAGUGAUGGCUUUGACCUUGGACGUCCACCCACUUCGGAUGCUCGGCCCGACGGGAGGCUGCCAGAGCGCCAGGCAAGAUACAGGAGGGCAGGACUGGUGACGACGUCGGUCGUGUUGCCAGGAGGCUACAUAUGGACCCCGAGGACGUGCUUGAGGAGGAGCGUUUGGCACAGAGCGUUUGGCACAGAGCGUUUGGCACAAAUGGUGUCGGGGUGUGCCACGACACAGCGGCUUGCGUUGGAGCAGGACACGACCAGGGCGAGGGAGAUGGGGUGUAGUGUAGAGGAGGUCACUGCCGCCAGACUAGCAGCAGAGUGUAGACACGAUGGUCCUGUAGAUGUUGCAGAUGGUGGACUCUGCACAGAGGGACACGUGGUGGAUCGUGCAGACGACCACCAGGAGGACGCGAGGGUAGGGUUGCGUGGUUUAUGUGGGGCCAGCGACACGGUACUACCCAGUACUGAUGAGGCGGAUGUGGGCGACGGUGCGACCACGACAGACACAGGGGGGUUGCUUGGGUGCGAUCGCACGGAGGUGGAGGGGCAGGUGGAUAGAGCACUUGUCGGCAUUGCCGUUGCCGCAAUGGAGGAUGUGGUCGCAGAUCACACUCAAGAUAGUCUUGUUGCGGUGGAUGCUAUGGUUGCACAUCGCAGCGAGGUGGAGCGACAAGUGGACCCCGUUGACGUUGUUGCACACCCUGUAGAGGCACACGUGCCCAGCAUGUCCCCACUCGAGCGCCACACUGCUAAGAUUGAUCCUGUGAUGGGCAGGAGCAGGCAUAUAUCGAAGAGGCCUUGGAAGGUUGUGCCUCCAUCUUCUUUCGUGCCUGUUAUUCCGCCAGCACCCUCGGGGGUAUCGGGGGAUAUUGGGAAGACUAUGGAGAUGGCCGACUUGUUCGAGCAGUUGACAGGUCAGAGGGUUGUCGAGCCGGGAGGGGUAUCAUGGGGAGCAGGGCCAGUUGCUGCAGGGACACGACUGGCAUGUGGAGGGGCGGUGAGUGGACGGGGAGGUGAGUCUGGUGGCAAUGUUGUGGGCGGGGGAGGUGGUCCCGGAGUUGUCGGCGGACGGUCGGGCCUUUCGGGCGGGAGGGUUGGUUGGGGAGAGGGUUCUGCUGCGCCGGCGACGGCAGGAGGGUGUGGGCAGGUGCAGGGUUCUCCAUCAUCUUCAUCAAAGGUGAAGGGGAAGUCUGUAUCGUGGAGCGGCAUCAGCAGGGUCACCCGUAAACUCAAGGAUGCUAUGCUUGGGGUCACGGAUGAGAGGAGGGAUCAUCGACGGGGCAGCACGAUGAUUGCACCGCCGUCACGACCGCCCACAGCAGGUGCGGCACAGGGAGAUGGUCAUCGACGUCCGAAAGGGCGAUCUUCCACACAUGCUUCGCCAAGUGCCCGACCACCCCCAGCAUCGCUGGAGGAUGACCCUGAUCCUGUCACUUUGCAGACGAGUCGUGGAGGUUGUAUUUCUACUGCAUACAGGAUACUGGAUGAGGAGCCGCUCCAUCAGACAGGGGAAGGAGAGGAGACGGCGGCGAAGGUGCCACAAAGGCGGCGAGAGCGCAUGAUCGACGAUGACGACACAGACGGCGGGCAGUGCGAUGCGCCGUAGACUAGGACUUCGAUUUCGUGCCGAUGAUGUUUGUGUGUAUCUUUCUUCAUUUAGAGUUUCACAAGUUUCGU